AUGGACAGACAACAACAACGUGAGCAAGAGCAAGGAUUAAAUUCCUCCAUAGAGCAAGAUCAAGGAUCAAGUGAAUCCCUUGAGAUCCAAGUUUUUUUCGGCUAUCUUUCAAUUUUGGGUGUUCUCCUCGCAGUAAAGUAUCAAGGCGGCGUUAGCGUUUCCCUGUUCGAAGAACAUAAAAAGAUUAUAUAUAUUUUUGUUAUUGUUAUUUCAAUCUAUGUUGCAACGAUUAUUGUUGGUAAAAAGCUUGGGACGAAGGCUAUUGAGCCCAUUCGACUCCUCGCUGCCACAAUUGCUCCAAUCUUACUCUUCUUUAUUUUAGUUCCAGAAUUAGGAUGGCCGGCGUUUGGAUUAUGGGUCAUCCUUGCAGCAAAAAUGGCAUGGGACUACUUACAACAAUUAUAUCAUUCGCUUGGUUCAUGGGUCAUCAUUGCAGCAAAAAAGGCAUGGGACUGCGUACGGCCUUCUCAAAACAAUCCAAGUGAUACUGAUCAACAGCCUUGUGGAGAUCUUUCUCAAAACACUCCAAGUGAUACUGAUCAACAGCCUUGUGGAGAUCUUGUGUAAUACCCAUUUCAAUUUCUACUGCUCUGGCGGAUGUCAAUCCAUUAAAACAAAAAUAGAAGAUCAGCAAAUAAAAAACGGUCACUGAGCAGAAAUUUUUUUUGAAACAGGAAUAAGAAAUCAUCU